GCGUGGCUACCCCGCAGGGGUGGGACCAUGGCGGGGCGGACCCUAGCUCCGCGCUACGGUCCCCCAUGGCCCCCAAUCCCUGGGACCGAGGUGCCUGGAUCCUGGCCCAGCGGGCAUCUCAGCAGCGGUGGUGUCGCCCACCACCUUAUCCCGUCUGUGCCCUUUCCCCCGCCCACCGUGCAGUCCACGGUCGCGGAGCCCCUGCCGCCGGCCGCAAAGCAGGGUUUGCACAUCUGGGAUUUUGACGAGGUCAUCAGCAGAUGGGAGACAACCUCUGGCUCGGCUUACGUGCCUAAGACCCACGGCGGGCCCUACGCACAGCCCAGGGCCCCAGAGCCUUCGGACCCCACGCGGACUGUGGGGAUCAAGGAGUUAGAAGAAAAGCUCAGACACCGCGGCUGGCGCCUCCCGCUGAUCACAAAGCACCAGUUAAGCGAGACCAGGGCGCAGUACACGGGCUGGCCCGACCCGGAUCAGCAGCGCCCCACCUCCUACGUCGGGCCCCAGCCCCUGGAGCUUGCAGAGCACCUUCGCGGAGGCCCUUCCCAGGCUUUAAUCCCCUGGACAAAGAACCCCGAGCUGGCCGGCCGGUCUUUCACAGUAUCUGACCAGGGCGUCUUGGACCGCCAUCAACUCUAUCUGACCACCUCAGCCAAGGACCUCCGGGCCUACCCGAAGAAGGAGUUGUCUGGAUAUCCCCGCAAGGACUCGCUGACCUACUGGAGCUUUGAGAAGGCGCCUCAGGCCUGGGGCCAUGACCCACAGAGGCCACCCUGGCCGUGCCCCUCUCGGCCGCCAGGGAUGCGCGUGCCCCAUGUCCAUCCGGUGACGACAGCCGUGCCACACCACGGGGCGUUGUCUCUGGCUCGGGAGUCCUACAGACCCCCGCUGCACCCGCUCCUCCGGCUCGACCGUUUCUGCCCGCUGGAGCUGCCCUGGGGAGGCCCCCACUGGAAGCCGAUGUCGGGGAUCUACAGCGUGCCGCAGGCCUACCGCACUGAGAACUCCAGCUACGGCAGCAGGAAGCCAGCCCCGCCGUGAGCCGGCAGCGCCAGCCCCGCCCCGGACACGCCCCCCGGGCGCGGGCCGAGCCGAGAGCACGGCCUCUGGGGCCCCCACGGGGCGGGGCUAAGGCCGGGAACCCCGCCCAUGACGUGGGAGCGAGACGGAGGCCAGGACCCGGUGGGCGGGGCGAAUCCCACACUUGACCGCAGGGUUGCCGGGGUCGGGGAGGGAGGUGGGAGCUGAGCCGGGAAAAUGUACUUUGGGGCUGUGGGCUCGCGGGCGGGACACGCCCUCUGCGAUAGAGGGGGCGGAGCUUCCUAGUCGACGACAGAGUUAAAUAGCCUAAACCAUGCCCAUUGCUGGGUUCGGCUCUGGGGGCCUGAGUGUGGGGGAGAUGGGGCUCCCGCUGAAUCCCUCGUGGAAGGCAGGCACGUGUGCGUGCAGGUGGAACCCCGCCUCUGGGCACAGAAUCCAAUAUUGAAGCCACGCCCCCCAGAAGAGGUUAGACUGGCACCGUGGCUUUCAGUCUAUGGCAGGUGGAGGGGGGCUGAGGGCUCAGGGGAUCACCGUUCGAGGGUCCUUGGGAGGGGCGACCUUCAGCCUUCCCCUGGCUCCCACCGUGAUGGGCAGAGACGAGGCCACACGGCCGGGGGCAAGGCCAAGGGCUCCCCGUAGCCUAGUCCCUGUGGCCGCAGCGCGACUUCCUUAGCACCUGAGGAUUGAGUCCGGGAAGUCAGCUUCACCUCGGGCGUCUCCCGCUUCUUGGCGUGGGAGCCCCUCAGGGAGUGGGAGUAAGGGGCACUCCACAGAGCCACUCCUGCACACCUCCCUGACCUUUUCUGCUUCUCGCCCCCGGAAAGAUUAGUGUCCAGGUUACCCCAUCAUGCCGCCACCCCCAGUGGCCUUGCCGCCCCCACAGCCUGCAAGUAUAAGACCAGGUAAACAUCAUAGGGGAGGCACUGAGGAUGGAGACGCUCCAGGUAAGACUGUAGGAGGCCCCUAGGCACCUUGCAACUCCAUCCAGGCCACAGCUGGCACAAAGAGGGAGAGUCCUGUGACCUGAUGGAAGCUUCCUUCUAGAAGGGUGGGGACGGCCAGCAGGCUUCUGGCCAGCAGGGCAGCAGGUGGAGCAGGGCCCGAGGGUAGGAAUCUGCAGUGUUGGGAGUACCUGGGGCUCCCGAGUACUGGAGCAGGGGCUCAAAGUGGGAGGGAUGGUCCCGAAUGGAAGAUGCCAGGCAGGGGAGCUGGGUCCCGAAGGUGUCUGUGUGGGGGAUGGGAGGG